AUGCAACUCACCUCCCUCCUCACCCUGGCCCUCGCCAGCACGGCCGCCCUCGCUGCCCCAGCCGCUGCCCCCGAAGCCAAAGACACCCAAACCCUCUCCAAGCGCGGCGUCGAGACCAUCUACCUCUCCAACUGCGUCACCUCCGGCUCCGCCUACAACCGCAGCGGCAUGUUCUACUACCCUGACGGCGACCAGUCGCAGAACGGCGAGCGUCCGGCCAGCGGCAACUACGCGUCCGUCAACGGCGGCAACCUCGUCGGCUGGGAAGGUCGUUCCGUGUCGGGCACCUUUGGGUCUGGCGUGACGUUUACCUCGAGUAUCACGCCUGGUUCGCAUGCUGCGUUUAGUUGGUCGGGGAGCGGCACGAAUGGGUAUAGGAGUUUUAAUUGUUAUCGCGAUAAUGAGCGGUUUUUGUUUAAUUCGGCGAGUUGGGGGAAUUGUUAUUCUGUGUAUUAUUGUAUUUAG